GUUCAGGAUCAUUUCGUCUCUGGCUAGGUCAGUAUGCUAGCUGCUAACAAAAAUGGGCAUUACUGCGCAUGCGUCCAUCGCCAUUUUGUACUACUGUUGUAAAAGAAGAUUGCAACGAAAUGAUUGAAAAAAGUUAUCGAGACGAUGAGAUUCUUGCCGCCUGUGUUUUCUUGUCGCUACAUAUUUUCCGUGAGGAUUGUUAGUUACUGUUACGACAGGUCCGUCUCAGUGAACCUUGAAGCUUCUCGGGCUAGCUUAGCUUGCUAGCUAGCUGCUAACAAAGAGACGCAGAAGUGAUCAACACGUCGCUAAGCAGAGAUCAAGUGUGAUUGUAAAGUGUUGUGAUUGUGUGAAAAUGUGUAAAGUCCAAAUGCUGAGAGCGUUGGUGAAAGAGCGAUUAAAUGCGGCUGUUGAGGAAAUAUUUGUAGUGUUGGAAAGAACGAUAGCAGAGUACGAGGAGGAACUUUCUCGAACAAAAGAGGACAACGAGCGACAACGUCAACUACUGGAUGCUGUUUUCAAGAAGCAUCAAGUUGUGUCACACAGAGCAGACCUCAGUGAAGCACAUCUUCCACCUAAGCAGCAGGAUUGGAGCUCCAGAGUGGAGCAGGAGGAGCAGCCGCAGCCCCACCACAUUAAAAAGGAAGAGAAAGAGCUACAGCCGUUCCGCAUUAAAGAGGAACAGGAGGACCACAGCAUCAGUCACAAGGGAGAGCAUCUUGAAGGGCUGGAGGACUUCCCAGUGAUUCGUGUCAUUGUGAAGAGUGAAGAUGAUGACGUCAAAGGUGAAAGUAAGGAGAAGAGAGAGGUGGAGCCUCCAAGCAGCAGCUCAACUCAACACAUGACAACAGAAGCUGAUGGAGACCACUCUGGAGGAUCACAAGCAGACAACCUCUUAGCUCCACUAUCAGAUAGUGAUGACAUGACGUCACACUCUCCUGACACUGAUGAUGAAGACUCUAAAGCUGAUAUAACAUGUCACACUGACAACAAACGCUUUAAAUGCUCUCAGUGUGACAAAACUUUUAAUUAUCGCAGUAAUAUGAAAAUACACAUGAGAACGCACACAGGAGAGAAACCAUACAUGUGCUCAGUUUGUGGUAAAACAUUCGCUCACAAGGGAAAUUUGACAACGCACACAAGAAUGCAUACUGGGGAAAAACCAUUUGUGUGCUCAGUUUGUGGUAAAAGAUUCUUUCAGCAGUCAAAUUUGAUAUCACACACAAGAAAACACAGAGAGAGAGAGAAAGCUUUCACCUGUUCAGUGUGUGGUGCAGGUUUUGUCCGUAAAGUUCACUUGAAAAUACACACAAGAAUACACACUGGAGAGAAACCUUUUACUUGUUCAGUGUGUGGUACAGGUUUUGUACGAAAAGUUGACUUGAAAAUACACACAACAGUACACACCGGAGAGAAACCUUUUACCUGUUCAGUGUGUGGUAUAGGUUUUGUACGAAAUCAGCAUUUAAAAAUACACAUGAGAACUCACACUGGGGAAAAACCGUAUGCCUGUUCAAUCUGCAACAAAAGCUUUUGUCAACGAGCACAUCUUGUAACGCACAUGAGAACACACACUGGUGAGAAAGUGUUGAGUUGCACUGUGUGUGGUGAAAGAUUCUCUUAUAAGUACCAGCUUAACAAUCACAAGUGUGCUGGUGAAAACAGCAGCAAUAAAUGAGGCUGCAGGACUUGAAAUAAACUGCCAAGACUUUGCUAACCUUGACUUUCUCACAAUAUCACUUAAAACGUGUGACAUUGUUGUGUGUAUAACUCCUUCAUAUGCUUGGACCGCUUAAACCAGGGGUGUCCAAUGGGCACUUCAAUAUUUUGUAAAGCAACACGUGUAAAUUUGCGCAGAAGUUACAUAUCUUUCAAGAAAAAACUGCAUCUCACAUUUGUCAUAUAAGUGAAAAAAACCUAUUAUUAAUAUAAACUUCAGUCUGGUCUUUUUUUUAAUUUUCCAAAUAUUUAAACUUUCUUCUAAAAUAAUCUUCAUAAUGUGCAUUUGGUAAUAUUAUGAUUUAAUUCCCAUGAUAUUUUGAUUUUAUUAUAUAUAAUUAAAUUUAAGUAUAAUUUUUUCCACAACCUAAUUUUCUAUUUUUUUGUUUCUCAUUAUGUUACACUUUUUUUUAAAUAACAUAUUUGCUCUAAUAGUUCAACUCUAUGCGACUAAAAAAUGAUUUUUGUAACAACUUUUCCCAUACCUAAUUUUUCUAAACUUACAACUAUAUUUGCUGUUUUGCUUGUUUCUCAUAACAUUACAACUUGAAAAAAUAUUCAUUUCUAUUUCAACCAUAUGCUACUAAAAUGACAUUUUUCCUCAUAUUACGAGUUUAUUCCCGUAAAAUUGCAAGUUUUUGUCAGUCUGACUUUUUUUCUCUUAAUACUUUGACUAUAUUCUCGUAAAAUUACAGCUGUUUUUCUUCCCCAUUUCAGCUCUCUUGUUUUUAAAUUUGCAACUAUUAAAAAUAUUUUCUUGUAAAUUUUCUUUUCGCAAUAUUAUGACUUUAUUCCUGUAAUAUUUUGACUUUAUUCUCAUAACAACUUUUUACGCAACUUCAUUAAAAAAAAAAAAAAAUUAUGACUUUUAAAUUACAACUUUAUUCAUUGUUUUGUUUGUUUUUCAUAAUAUUACAACUUUUAAAGAACGUCUUUUUUUCAUAUUUCAACUUCAUGCUACAAAAAUGACAUUUUCUCAUAAUACAAUCUUAUGACGUUAUUGUAAAAUUGUUUUUUUUCUUGUUAGAUGACAACUGUUCUCUCUUAAUAUUUUGACUUUAUUUUUGUAUUCUUGUACUUUAUUCAUUUUUGCUGUUUUUUUUACUUGUUAAAUUAUAUUUUUAGAAUGUGCCAUGGGCCGAUAAAAAAAACAACAACCAUGGGCCGCAAAUGGCACCACCACUGAACCAGUGUAGUUGCCGUAGCAUGUCCAUUGCA